AUGGCAGGGACAAUGGUCGGAGUAGGAGACCGGCUGGGGACAGGCUUUGGAGCAGGGGCAAGAACAGAGGGUAGGGCAGGCCAGAGAACCGCUGGGGUAGGGGCGGGGCGGAGGGGCCGGGUAGAGCCGGGGGCUGGGCAGAGCCGGGGGCCGGGCAGGACCGGGCGGGGCCGGGUAGGGCUGGGGGGGCCAGGCCGGGCGCACCCGCUCGGCUCCGCUGCCGACUCCCGGGGAGCAAGUCCCGCCGUGUCCCCCCCGGCCCCAAACUCCGCCGCUCCCCUCCUGGCAAGCCCUGCCUGCCCUUUCCCGGUCCCUCCCAGCUCCGCGCAGCCUGGCCCUCCGUCGCUCCGUCCGUCCGUCCGUCCGUCCGGGGGCAGGUUGCAGCUGACUGCCCAAACCCUCAGUGCUGCCUCCUCCACCUUCAGGGAUGCUGAGGACCCUCUGGACAUGCUGGAUGCUGCUGCCAUUUACCAGAAGAGGGAGGAAAAGUAUUGGAGUCAGUGACCAGAAGUUUGCACUGACUGGCAUGGAAAAAUUACCAAGGAUGCCUCUGCUUGCAACUGGUUUGCCCUUGUUCUUCCUCAUUCCCUGGGUUGCCUUUGGCCAUGGCAGCAGUUCUGAGAGGAUGCUUUUGUGGGUUCUUGAGUGGAAGUCCUGACUGGGCACCCUGGGGUGCUGAGAUGUUGUGCUGUCUUCCAGGUCCUCCACUACUGACCCCCAGCCCUCUGCCCCACGAGAUUCCUGACGUGCUCCUGUUGCCUCUC